GUUGUACUGUGGGAACUGCUUACAGCUGAAGUGCCGUAUAAGGAUGUAGACUCUUCAGCUAUAAUCUGGGGAGUUGGCAGUAACAGCCUUCACCUUCCUGUUCCAGGGACAUGUCCUGAAGGGUUCAAACUCCUCAUGAGACAAUGCUGGUGGGUGAACUAUUUAUUUUUAAAGGAAUCAAGUGUUUUCUUGUAGGCAUAUUCUUCAGUAAAAAAGCUAUGACACAUCCACUGUUAUGUCCUAAUUACAAAAAUGUUCUAUAUUAAACUCACACUUAGGAUCCUGUACAAUCAGUUCAAUUAACAUUCAAAAUUCAUAGUAGUUUUAUUAAUAUUUUUAGUAAUAAUUACAAUUUUUAAAAAAUGUCUUUUUUGCAUUUCCUCAUACUUUUAUCACAGUAAAUGACUCUUGAAGUUUAAAAAAAUUUUUUUUUACUAAUAACUUCUCCCAGUCAAUAGAGGUAAUACAUAACAAUAAUAUGGCCCGCUAGUUUUUAUGUUUUGUAACAUACAAGCGUAAUUAAAGGCUAGUAGCUGUGGGGUCAGAGCCAAUCUUUCCGGCAUCAGUUUGUUCUAUUGUCAUGAACCAUUUGUUGUGUCUGACCCACCAGGAGUGCUAAGCCAAGAAACAGGCCGUCCUUCAGACAGAUCCUCAUGCACCUGGAGAUUGCAUCCACU